AGUUGGACAGUCAGACACCUCGUAGACGAGCAGCGAUGAGAGUAGAGGCUAAAUCCCUUGGUUGUUCAGUGUCAGUCUAAAGAAAGAUCAAGCUCUAACACUUCUUCUCGCAAACGUUUACCUAGAAACCGAAAAGCUCCAAACCAGCUGUAUGUCAGACUUGGUUUCCCGCUCGUACCCGAAGUGAGACUUGAGAGUGCACGGCCACAAAAGCCGAAUUGUAUGUGUGAGGUGCUAACCGUUAGCUAACGGGCCAGCUAGCAUAGCCACAGGAGCAAUGGCGUUGAAAAGAAUACAGAAGGAACUGUCAGAUCUGCAGAGGGACCCACCUGCACAGUGCUCUGCUGGACCAGUCGGAGAGGAUUUGUUUCAUUGGCAGGCAACAAUAAUGGGACCGGGUGACAGCCCAUAUCAGGGCGGAGUGUUUUUCCUCACCAUCCACUUCCCGACAGAUUACCCCUUCAAACCACCCAAAGUUGCAUUCACCACAAAAAUUUACCAUCCUAAUAUCAACAGCAAUGGAAGUAUUUGUCUGGAUAUACUGAGAUCACAAUGGUCACCUGCACUUACAGUAUCAAAAGUUUUAUUGUCAAUCUGCUCUCUUCUUUGUGAUCCGAACCCGGAUGACCCACUGGUACCAGAGAUUGCCCACACAUACAAGGCUGACAGGGAAAAGUACAACAAAUUAGCGAGAGAAUGGACCCAGAAGUAUGCUAUGUGAAAAAUGCCAGGGAGAUCAAAAUACAAACAAGAACAAAAUAAACACGUUUGAUUUGUAACUUGAGACAAAUAAGCAACAGAGGAAAAAUAAACUAGACAAUAGCCCACGUUUUGGAGAAGGAAGCGAUACAAUGAGGUACAGUGCCACCUGGCUUUCCGUGUGCUGAGCUGCUUCCAUGUGCUGUCCUUCAUGACUUGUAUGGAUCUGCUGAGCAGGACCUGAUGGGCUCCUUAUGCCCUCCGGAUGGAAUACUGGAAAACUAACCACUGUUCAUGCCACCACACUCAGACUUUCAACUGUUUCUCCUGCUAUUGUAUUCAUCACUGUCAUUGUUGCUAUUCCUUUGCAUCAUUGUUACUGUCAAAGAGUCAUAUCAUUUUUGCUACUCAGAAAACAAAAUGUUUGAUUAUUUUGGAGAUUGGCUGUCCCUUCAUUUCUGAGGUACUGUCUGUGUCCCACUGGAUGUCUUGUUAUUACUAUAUCUCCUUGUAUUUAGUGGCCUUUCUGUGUCCUUACUUUCAAAUGGUGUAUGUGCAAUUGAGGCAGAAUGUUCCCUGUUCAACACAAAAUGGUGCUGUGCCAUUACCAGCAGCUGAUCUGUUGGCACAAACUGUCUCGACCCCGCAACAAUGUGAAAGACGCAAAGAAGGAUUGGUCUCUUAUCACUCAAUGCAUUUCAUAUCGUGGCAGUAUUUAGUUGGUUUGAAGAUAUUAGGGAACUGCUGGGAAGAGCUUGCUGGCCCUCGCCUCACCAUCGUGGUGCCCCACGGGGCAAAUUUCAACAUUCAUUUUUCUGACAUGGUGUCAUUGCCCUUAUAUCCUGUAUAAGUAAUCACCCAUGGCUGGUGUCCAUAGUGCACAAAAUACUGCUGUUGUAUGACUUGUUUCUUGUGUGGCUAUGAACAUAGCUACUCUUUGGCAUAGAGCUAAACUGUAUGCCGCCUCCUCAGUAAAGUUACUCAGGUAUCUAACCAAAUCAUCAGCCUUUACAUGCAGUGACCCAUGUUGAGAAUAAUGACCAGGGCCCAUAUCACCAGGUUUCUAAAAAAAAAAACAUAGUGCCCUGCACUCCUGGGGUUUUGAAUGCAUGUAGGCCCUGGUGGUCUGUGUUGUCAUUUCAUCACAGAGGGCUUCUUUCACUCGUCUUUGAGUUCUUUUUCGUCACUGUUUCCAUUUUGAACAACACUUUGGAUGUGAACGGCUGUUUAAUGAUGCUGUUGAACAUGUACAUGCUAGUCUUUUUCUAAAAAUGAAAUGGCCUUUGGCUACAGCUGGUGUCAGUUACACUCAAAAUGAGGAAUUUGAGCAGAAUCACUUUUUGCAGAGCCAAGUAAUUUGAAGUCAUAUGUGUCUUGUUACUUGAUGUGAACAAAUUGGGUAACUUACCAUGACAUUUUUAUAUGCUUUAAGUAUCAGGUGAUGUGAGGUUUUUUCUUAAGUUUAAUCCAUCAGUCUGCAAAAGUUUUUGUUUUGUUUUUGGGAUACAUAAUCCACACUAAAACUGUUUUGCCUAAGUGAUACAUUUGUGACCUUUUGUAUUGUAUCUUUAAAUGCUUUAGUUUUAGGGUUUUUUGUUUCAAUCAUUCAUGUUACCAGAAGUGAACAGGAUUGUGAUUUGUCAUAUUAGUUUUAAUGUAACCCAUUGUGAGUGUUGGAUUAAGUAGUUAGCAAAUGCAAUUUUUUUUUAAAUCAUGCUCAUGAUGUGCUGAUGCUGCCAAUAUAAAGGGAAUUAUUUGAUGUUUGAAAGGAGAAUAAGUUCUUUUUGCUAUAGAGGCAUUAUUGAAUGGUUUCAGACAGAACAAUGCAUAGUAAAGCAUGAAAUUAGUAGAUCUGCUUGUAGAAUUAACCCAAUGGUUUAGUCACAGAAUAUAGAUCGUAAUGAUUGUUAACUACUGUGGAGAAAAAAGUCAAAUCAGGUUAUCCUGAAAUACAGUAUAUAUUAAAACAAUUUAAAAAAUGUAUCCUCUAAAUGCUGUUACAAAGUCAUUUUGCUGACAGACCACAAUUUAAAAAUAACUUGCCUGUAAUAGUACUAGUUCAAACUUUUUAAGCAUUGUCAUGACUUCAUCUGGCUAUUUAUUUAUUUGAAAGCAGGGUAUCUUCCAGCUGUUCCGACUGAAUGCAGCCUCUUCAUUUCAUCAUCUGGGUGAUGUUGCAUUGACUUCCAUUGUCCAGUGUGCCCAGUAGAGUUUCUUUAGGCAGCUUGGCAUGCUUUGCACUCUGGAGAAUCCUCCUCACAGCCAUUAGCAAGAUAUCAGGGAUUUCGUUACAAUUCAUCCACCUAACACCUCUGACUAAAAAUUUUAGCCUUAACCCUCAUUUUUGUAUAUACACAGAGUCAUAAACUGUAAAUUAGCUAUCAGGGCUGUAUAUCCCCCAUAUGGGUCAAUCAUUUCAUCAGUAAAUGUGGAAACCUGCUUGAACAGUACCAGUAUAAAUUUUCUUUUGUUUUUGUUGUUGAAAUGUUUCCGCCUGGCUUUCUCUGAAUGAAGGAUCAGCUGACAUGCAUCCUAAAAAUCUGGAAUACUUGUGCUUGAACUGCCACCAUGAACAUCCAUAUGUCCUCACAUAGCCUACAUAAGAUUAACUAUUGACCUUGUCAUGACGUGAAUAAAGCUCAUCUUGGUUUACCUUU